AUGGCAAAGCAAGUCCGAGGAUACGAAGGGACCUUGCUAGAAGCUAUCGAGGCAGGUGUGGUGCCGCGGCCUGAAAGGUUGCGGUACAGGGAGUGGCUUGCUUGGCGGGCAGCGGAAGGACAAAGGCCUACGCGUCGCCGUGGGGAUAUCUCCGGAACCACUACAAACGGUGAAGAAGCGGAGCUGUGGCGCGAGGUCAUGCGCGCGCUCCAUGAGGAAGACCCAGGAGAAGCAAGUGAAGGAAAUAGCGACAAUCAGGAGGAGGAAGAGCUGCUGAGUGCGGACGACGGGACUGGAAGGGACCGUGCGGCCACCGGCGCCGGGAGAUCGACAGAACAUCCUGACAGGUUUGCGCUGGAGGAUGGGAGAGCGACUCCUGCUUCUUCUACUGUCGGCAACGAAAGUGUGUUCAAGGCACCAGUUACUGCCGAAGCACUUGAGCACGCAAUGGCACGGCCUUACGAUGGGAAUAAAGAAACAGCAAAGAAGUUUGCGCGAAGGGUUUACCGAAUUGCAGAUGUCCUGCAAGAAAUGGGAGCUGAGGUGGACAUGCUAGAAGUGGAGCUCAAGGAACAGCUCGCCUCUCUCAAAGAGUUUUUCCGCGAGUUAUUGUUGGAAGAUCCACCUGAAGAGCAAGAAGGAGAGCAUGAAGCCCGUUUAGAAGUCCUGUUGCAUAUGAUUCAGGAGAGAGGCGGGAAACUCAGCAAAACCAUGGGAAAGGUCUUCUCUUCAAAUGAAGGGACGCCUGAAAAGAGCGGUCCGUCGAAGGUGUUGGACUACACUCCAGCGGGCAGGGGCCGCGGAGAAAGCUCUCCUGUGGGCUUAGGCCACGGAGAUGGGUUUCGAAGCCCAGCUAUCGAGAGGCCAGCCGCAGAAGUGGCGGAUCUCAAGCGGCGCGUCGCCGAGCUGGAAGGAGACGCUCGGUCCGAGGCUAGUAGGGGUGUAGAUGUGAGCGCUUUUGCUGAAGCCAUCGAGAAACAGACGAAAGUCAUGGCCGAAGCACUCGGAAAGAAACAGAAGCGCUCGACCAUUCAAGUCAGCCCAAAAGUCCAUUGGCCCACGUUGGAUGAUGAGUGCAGCGACUACCGGUCAGUCCAGGAGUUCUAUGACUCUUUCGAAGCCACGAUUGGGUUAGCAAAUGAUGGGGACGGGAUGACUGACAUGGAAAAGCUCACCACGUUGAAGGCGUGCUUGAAGCAGCACCGUUUGAAAACGUAUGAGCUGAUUUACCGCAAGAACCUCGGCUCGGGAAUAGUCAAGGAAGAUCCUGGCGAGGUGUACAGGCAAAUCAAAUCCAAACAUUUGAUGUUCUCCGAGACAGCGGAAGAGAAAGAGAUUCGCGUCUUGGAAGAAGGUGAUGCCCUUCAGAAAGGAAAACUCUCCGCCUUCCAGUGGGAAGUGCGAUGGGAGUCUCACCUGGCGGAUCGAGACAGCGUUGGGCUUGGUCUAAACGCGAAGGAAGCCUUGAUCCAAUAUUUCAGGAAGAUUGGGCCCGCGCUUUCCCGCGACGUAAGACGUGACAGACGUUUUCGGCCAGAUGGGUCGGGGGGAAAUGUGUUCCGCGCAGUUGCGACAUGGGAGGAGGCUCAUGAAGUCGUAAAGGAGAUAGAGGAGACAAAUGCAGGACAGAAGGCGCUAAACAAUAGCACGUUUGCCGUCAAGCAGGUUGGAAAGGAUGGCCAGAAGGGAGCAGAUCAGAUUCACGCGCAAGGCUCGGAGUCCUUAGCGGCUAAGGUGUGCUAUGAAAUGCGGGACAAGGGCACUUGCUCCCGCGGAAAGGAUUGCAAGUUCUCCCACGACAAGGCAGUCGUGGACGAGGGAAGAAGGAAAUGGGUGAAAGAAAAGAAGCAGCAAGAACGGCCUUCCGAAGAGCCAGUAGCCAAGUACGAAGGAGGCCGGAAAGGAGGAAAAGGAAAAGGUAGUGGCCGAAAAGGGGCGGAUCAGGCAGGAUCCAAGGGCGGGCAGGACGACCGUAAGUCCAAAGCGUGUAGAUUCUUCAACACUGCCGGUGGCUGCUCAAGAGGAUCCAAGUGCCCGUUUAGUCACGCCUUGCAAAAGGGGUCUGGAGGUCCUCCAGGAAAAGGCAAUUCUGGUCCUCACCUUCAGCUCGCUAACCUCCCGGACCUCCGUGGUGUAGAUGGAACUGGCAGAGGCAUGGAACGCAGUAACCCUUUUGGUUGUUUUGAGCCUGUGGUGUGCAGUGGGAACGGCCGAAGCCAAGCGACCGAAAAGGUGCUGGCUACAGAUCCCAAGGCCAAAGGCAAGAAAGGGAAGGCCGGGAAGCAAGGAAAAGGAAAAGGGAACAACAAUGAUCUGACAAGUCUGGAUCAGCUCCCGCAGCGUUGGUGGACUGAGUCGCCAAACUGCAAAGGGGGGUACCAGUACCAGACAGAGGUCAAAGUGCUGGAUAGGUAUGUCGGAUGCUUAUUGGAUGGCUGCGCAGGGUGUAAUUCAAUCACUGAGGAAGUAGUGAUGGGAGCCAUCCGAGCAGCUUUGCAGCAAGGGAUCGGGCCGGACAGUGAAAAGUUUCCGGUGGCCCAAUUAGAAAGAUGGCCGCAAGAAGAAGUCGUGAUGGGUUUGGCAAAUGACGCCCCUAUCAAGCUGAAGGGUGCGGUCGUGAUGCGCGUUCAGAUGCCUGACGUGAACGGCCAAAAGGUCGAAGAGAUCCUCGUACGGGCAAAGGUAAUCGGCAAAGGGUUGUCGACGUGGCAAGGCCUGAUCCUCGGCGGCCGGGCGCUGGACGCGGUGGAGCGCGGCGGACUGGGUUUUAGGCCAGCAGCGUCGUGCCACGUGUUUGACGGCUUGGGAGUGAAAUUACCUAGAAAGGAGGAGAUGGAGCCGUUUCCAGACCGUGCCUAUCCAUUUGUCUCUAUCCCAAAGACCCUGUUCGAUCAGGCAUGGGAUCCGGACGAAGAAGGUGACGAGGUCAAGAUGGAAGGCGAAGUGUUCGUCAGUGAAGAGGACCUCGUGAUGGAGCCGAUGACAGGGGACUGGAUCAGAGUUGUGGAAGCAGCAGCCUGGAUCUCAGGUCCAGAGUGUGAGGCAAAUGGCAAGCCGCAAGUGGUGCUGCUCCUAGCAGGCCUCAUGGCGUUCUUGACGGCAGGGGUUGCGGCCGAAGGCGCGCCCGAAGCUGUAAGUAAAGGAGUGACAUCUACAUGGAAGCCGGCGCAAGAAACAGUUUUUCACAUUGUAGAGACUCCAGGGGCUUUGGACCUCAUGGCGGAGGAGAGUCCAACGGACGAGUACUAUCGUCUCUUACGGGAGGAUAUGGAGAAAAGGUAUCCGGAAGCCUCAAUCCAUCUGUUGGACCACCUUGAAGCCCUGGAGUCCUUCCUAGAUCGGAGUAUCGUCGCAGGGAUGACGUUUGGCAUAGACAAGGCAAGCGUCGCUGUUGUGGAAGGCGAGAAUAUCAGCCAUUACAAUCCCCAUGUGAUCGUGGCAGCAGGUCAGGGCGCCGUCAUAGGAUUGGCAGCGGCGUCCCCGGUAGUAGUGGAGACGGUGAUGCUGUCCAGAAAUAUUCAGCAAGGAGAAGCCCACAAACUAGCGACUGCUUGGGCAAAAGUGAAAAUCAUUGCAGGAGUCAACCCGAGGAUUAGCAAAGCAAAUCCAGGUUGUGAGUUGCUCAAGGAAGCCUGCCCGGAGAUGUUCAAGCCACAUCCCCUGGAAAGUAUUCCCCGACUAGGCCUCUUAGAAGGAGAAGUUCCGAGGAAAGAGGAAAUCCGGGAAUUCCUGGGAGCGGCAGGAGUAGUGCUGGUGGAGACGUGGGAUUCGAUCUUGUGGAAGGGAUGGCUGGAAAAGCCUUCAAAAGAUAUUUGGGAGCAUGGUGGGUUGUGUGCCUGCGGUCGGAGGACGCGGCUUUUCGGGCAGUGCAUGGAGUGCAUCGCCCAAGAGCAUUCCGAAGAUAAGCUUGCAAGGGCUUUGAAAGAGGAAGAAGAAUGCGUCGAAGAAGACCAGGGAGCUAAACGAGAAGGGCUCAUACAGAGUUUCAAUCUCAAGGCAGAGAUAGAGAGAGAUGAAGACACGGGGUUGGAGAAGUUGACGAAAGGAGCAGAGGAUUGGCUGGAUCAGAGAUACCGAGAAAGGGAAGCUGUGGCAGAAGAGGCCAGAGGAGCUUCAGGCUCUCGGCUCGGAGUAGGCCAAGACUUAAGGAACGCUUGGUUCAAAGAUCAAAGAAGCGAUCCCAAGCUGCUUCCAAUCAUCCAAUCUUGUUGGAAGAAGAAGGAAUCCAGAUUCCGAAUUGCAGAUGAUGGACUGCUGGAGAGACUCGUGCGUAAUGUGGACGGAACAGGCAGUGGCAGUGAAGCCUUCUUGGUUGGAGUGUUGGGAAGAAGUCGCGGUGGAUUUCGAAGGCCCUGCGAGCUGGGUGCUACGGAACGAAUCCACCAGGAAACCCAGAAAGUGUUAGGUUUGAUGGUGCACGAUGUGUGCAAGGCGAGACCUCACGAAUGGGGUGAGCUCUUAGGAGUGGUGGAGUUUGUGUUGGAUACCACCCCUGGGCCGUCAGGGAUUGCGCCUCGAGAUUUUGAAAGAGGCUGGAGUAUAGCGUGUCCUCUGGAACGAGAACUCUUAGGUCAAUCAGUGUGGGAAUUUGAGCCCGUAGAAGAGCAUACAAAGAAACUGUUCAGGUCUUAUCGGGAGAUCCGUGUGAAGGUGCUGGGUUGGUAUGCAGCCUCUUCUGCCAAAAGGGCGGAACGAGCCAACAGGUUCAGAAAGGUCAAGGUUGUGGAGAUCGGAGACCUCGUGGUCUAUCGCGACCCGCGCCUCCGAUCUGGAGGGCGAACGCCUUGGCGCAAGCAACUUUCUGAACCCUAUCGAGUCGUAGCGCAGAGAGGUAACCGUGUGGACCUGGAGUCACCGGUUGAGGGCGGCGUUCGUGGGGGUACGUCUUCUUCUGCGCGUCGCCUUCUUCGCGAUGUGCACAUGGAGGAUUUGUUGCUCGUGCCACCGGACGCCCUAGAAGUGGAAGCAAAAGCAGCGUGCCAGUUUGAAACUGAGGACUCCCCCAUGGCAGUCCGCUCACCCGGAAUGAUGUUAGAGGAACGCGGGCGAGCGACAGCUGCCGCGGAAGGCGUAGUGCCAGGGAGGGCGAAUAAAAGAACAAGCCAAGGAAAGCUUGCGUCACUUCGUGUUGGGAGUUUGGUUGCGUACGCCGCCGAUAGCAUUCGGGCAAACGCGCCGGACAACAAGCACGUCAAACGGUGCAGAGUGGGGCAGGUACGAGACAUUCACCCAGGGGUGCAGCAGCUACAAGUGCAUAGGUACCAACCGUUUGCCGAUGGCAGGUUGAGAGUGUUAUGGAAGCCCAUCUACUUGUCGGCUGGUACGAAAGAAGAGACUUUUGAAGCCUUGGGGAAUGAGCCGCUGAUCGAAGCAGUUUUCCUGCAGCGCGUGAUCACCGAAGUGUUCCUGAACAGUGGCGUAGUGAAUCAUGCUUCAGCGCGGCGGAUUGAUGCCAGCGGCUAUCGAAUCGAUGAGCGGAAGUCGCCAUCUUUGGUUAAAGAAAUGGAGCAACUCCAUUGCGCUGCGGUCCAGCAGUCAUGGGUGCAAGCCCAUGCGACAUUAGUGGCCGUAACUAGCCCUGAACGAACGUUGGAGCGACCAGAAAAUGGCUACGGUAUAGGCGGCCUAGAAGGAGGACCAGAGCUCGAGGCGUUGUUGGAGCAGAAGCACCAGGAGGCAUCCAGGAAGUGGAAGGCAUUUGCCUCAGCGAAGCAGUGGGACGAAGCGAUCGAACGAUCUUCAGUGCAGGAGCAGCAGAUCACGGAAGCUUUAGAAGCCUGCGGAUUUCGCUCUCGCGGCCUGGGCGCAGAAAGCAGUCCAAGCCAACAACUGGUAGGCGAUAGGAAGGGUAACAAGGCAGGGGACGAGCGACUACUGACCUGCGGGCGCACCCUGCCGCGGUCCGUGAGUAUGGGCGGAGAAAAGGGCAAGGGCCGAGGAAAGUUCAAAGGCCUCUGGGAUGUUUGGGCGGGGCAGUGGAAUGUUGACGAAGUCAGCCGAAGGAUCACGAAGCUGCUCCGGCAUGGGAGAGACCUCUCAGAGCAAGAGAAGGUGCAGCAGAUCAGCGCGGCUGGGUGGUCUGCCGCAUCUUUCGUGCUGCGGUGCCUCAACAUCAUCCCAGAUCAAACAACGGAUGAGCUGUUAGUGAGAGCGGCAAAGGAGUCUGGAGGGCGUCUGGAGACCAACUGGACGUCAUUGGGGCUCUACAUCCGGGCGCGUCAUAGCUGGAGUCUUCCCCACGUGAGGGAAGGAUUACCCCUGGCGAUUUUGGAGCAAGAGCCCUCUGUCUUGUUCCACGGAACCUCGCGUGCCGCCUGGCAAGGGAUCUUGGGGUCUGGCGCUCUGGUCUCAGAGGCAAGUAAUGCAGGUUCAAGGGCCAGAGAAGAGAGCCCAGAAUCUUAUGAAGAAGGAGAGUCGUCGUAUGACGAGGAAGAUGAAAGCGAAGCAAAGAAGAAGCCAGGAGAGAGUUCCGCCGAAGGCUCAGAGGAGACGGCAGGUCCUGGAACCGCUGAGGCUACAGAAAAAGGGGGUGGAGAACGCCCGGGGCCGGCUUUUCCACUGCCGACAGAGCCUAAAGCAGGGCUGCCGAAAGUAGCUGCUGCGGACAGUGCCGGGACCAGUGCCGAAAAGGAUUCGCCUCUGCAAGAGGACAGGCCACGGAGUUCGCAAGGAACAGCCGCGAUACGGUAUAAGGCUGCUCCGGCGUGUUUGAAGGCCACAGUCAAGCAAGAAGUCCUAGAGAGCGAGAGGCCUAGUGGUGCGGCGGCAGCGGAGUCAGUGACAGUGGAGAAGGGGGCCACCAAAGAAGGGAGCUUAUCCCAUGAAGUAGCGGAAGUAAAGGAGGAACCUGGAGCGGCUCAGAGCGUCCAGGAAGAGAGCGUGAAUGAAGGACCUGGUGCGGCUCAUUGCGCCCAGGAGGAGAGCACGGGUAAAGGAAAUCCGAGCGAAGAAAUUCGUGAAGGAGGGGACCAAGUCGAAGCCAGCAGUUCGAGAAAGACAAAGGAACUUGGGCCUUCCGCUGAGCAAGUCAAGAAGGAAGCGGAAAUGACGGUCCCGGUCGGGCAGGAUGGGGCAGUAGUCGAGCUGGAACAGAAGCCAGACUCUUCACCCGAUUGGGGAACUUCUUCAGCUUCGGAGAGCAGUCAAAGAUCCCGGAGUACCCGUCGGAAGCCCAGUCCGACUAGAGAAGCAUCCAGCGGUCAGGAUGACGCGGAUGGAUCAGCCCGUCAGGUGGUCUUGCAGGCGAGGCCAGCAGAGCCGGCAAUGCCACCAGAAGGGGCAGCAGGAGUACGUAGCUCCACGGCGUCCCGUCGAGACGCCGUGCGGGCGCAUAUGGAAACGCGCGGAUCAGUGACGUGCCCGAGGACAAGCCACUGCAUCGAGCUCGGAGGACUGGCGACAAGGCUCAUGGGCUUCGCAGGAUUGGCAGAACGACGCCUGGGCGCCGGAACGCUGGCAAGGUGGCGAGUGGACGUCGCAAGACUGGGGAAGCGGAUGGAAGAGAAAGUACGAUCCGACGUCCGGAACGGACGAGAACCAUCCGUACGCGCAUGCCGGCAGGCGUGGGCAGUUGGCCUAGGGGCGACGCUCCUGUUGGAAGUGGCGUGGUCAGGCGUGAGAGUCGCCCGGCAGACAGGGGAGAGCGCUGCGGCCAUAGUGCGCGCGCUCGAAGGAGCUGUCGUGGCGGUUGUAGAAGCCGCCGGAGUACAGGCAGAAGCGACCGUUUCCAAGGUGUUCGAAUGGAUGGCCUUGAUCUUGGCCUUGUGGGCUGUCUGGGCUUUGGGUAGAUGGUGGAAGCACCAAGAAAUGAUGAUGGCCGGGUUUAGCGCUGGGAAGAAGCGUGGGAAGAGAAACACCGAUGCCGGAAAGAAGGGUGAACCCGAAGGGCAAGAGUUGUCGCCCCUAAGUGCACGAAGUGCCGCUUCACCUCUGCCCGCACCAAAUUUUCGAACACUUCGCGCGAAGGCUAGGCUUGAGGAAGAAGGAAGAAGAACGAGAUCGUUUCCGGCUCUCCCGCCUUCCACCACGACCCCAGUGCAGACGACAGGUAAGAGAAGAAGAAAUCAGAGACUGGCUGGAGUUGAAACUCCUUCGAUGAGCCCGGUCGGGAAAGAAAAGACCACCAAAGAUCCAGCGGCCCAGUCGAGGGCGCGGACUGAUGACCGUUCGGUGGUGCCAGAGAAGCCGAUAGGGGCAGGACCAAUCCGAACAAUCGAGCUGCUGCGAAGUGCUACCGAGGCGCAAGAGUGCGCAGUACAAGUGCUGACCUCUUGUGCGGCCGAGAGCGCCAAGAAGGAAGUCAUGGUUCGGCUCACGGCGUACGCCAUCGACCGGCCGGAGUUGUUCGGAGCGCUAAAAGUAGCGCAAGAUAGAGGAUGCGACGUCGAGGUGUAUGUUGAUAAGUCGCAGACCGGACGAACCACAGAGCAGAAAAGGUUGGUGCACCAGGCAAGGUCCCAAGGCUUGAAGAUCUUCAUUGCAAAUGGGGAAAGCCUGGGGCCGCACUAUGCGGCAGCAGGGCGGACGCGUUACAACUUCUGUGGAGCAUUGCAUGGAAAGACCCUAAUGGUCAAGAAAGGUGACCAACUGGAGCUCAUUAUCGGCUCCAUGAACUGGACCACUGCUAGCCGGGGAAACCAUGAGAUUGGACUUCAUUUGACAUUAG